AGGAGCAGAGCGAUAUGAGGUUUAUACGGAUACAUUUAAACUUAGCUUUUCCUCUCUUCUCAAUGAAUAUCCUUCAAAUAGCGAUGAAAGAUAUUUAAGUCAAAGACAAGUGGCAACCCCAGCUCAUUUGAAAUAUUCGCUUUGUCACAUUAAAUCUCCUUUAGUUGAGUUCAUAAUGGGAUUACGCAUAUUUGGCACGCCACUUUACGCAUAUGCGUGCGUCUAUUUUUUAGUUUUCCUCCUGCAAGUUGUCCAGUCUCAGACAAAUUCAGGGACCCAACAGGGAAAUAACAAAAGAGAAGCUCUCCGGCAGACGCUACAGUGGUCACACAACGGCAAGGUUUUUAGCAUUUUAAGCCAGGGCUCGGAGUAUCAGCCACCGAAGCGCAGGGGCGCAGCUCAGGAACAAGUGCAGGCGCGACCUGUCACCAUCAUUCGUGAUGCGGACGUGAGACAUCCGGACACCUCGAGCCAGCGUGUGGCCCAGCAGCAGCCUUCCCGGCCGGCGUCCGACCUGCACACCCCCCGCGGUCUCCCGUCUUCGCUCCAAAGGCUCGUGAGAGGACACGAGCACCGCCAGCAUCACAAUGACCGUCUCGGUGAGCGCACGGGGACGCAGAAGAGCAACAAUGAGACCCAGGAAAAGGUCACUGUCAGUCCUCCUCUGCCCCGGAGAGAAGACAUGAUGGUCGGCGAUGAUCCCUACGACCCCUACAAGUCCACUGAUAGUGACAACCCAUAUUACAAUCAUUAUGACGUUUACGAUAGACCGAGCCGGAGAUCGAGACCCGGAUAUGGCACAAGGUAUCAUCAGUAUGGUCUGCCUGAUCUGGUACCGGACCCGUACUACAUUCAAGCCUCCGCUUAUGCCCAGAGAGUCCCAAUGUACAACCUGAGAUGUGCAGCUGAGGAAAACUGUUUGUCAAGCUCAGCCUACACAGCUAGCAUUAGAGACUAUGACACCCGUAUGCUGCUGAGGUUUCCUCAGAGAGUCAAGAACCAAGGGACGGCGGACUUCCUCCCCAGCAGGCCACGUUACACCUGGGAGUGGCACAGCUGUCACCAGCACUUCCACAGCAUGGAUGAGUUCAGCCACUACGACCUGCUGGAUGCCUCCACCCACCACUCGGUGGCUGAAGGCCACAAAGCCAGCUUUUGCCUGGAGGACACUUCCUGUGACUACGGCUAUUACAGGCGAUUUGCCUGCACCUCACAUACCCAGGGCCUGAGCCCAGGGUGUUAUGAUACCUACAACGCAGACAUCGACUGCCAGUGGAUUGACAUCACAGAUGUGAAACCUGGAAACUAUGUCCUCAAGAUCAGUGUUAAUCCGCAAUAUCAUGUGCCAGAAUCAGACUACAGCAACAACGUUGUGCGCUGUGAUGUUCGCUACACUGGCAACUACGCCUACGUGUCAGGUUGUCACAUGUCAUCGUAUUAGAUAACAUAAUAACAUUCACAGGAACUCAGCAAAGAUGUUCUGUAAAUGACACCGCAGAGGAUAUGACAGCAUCAUGAAAUAAAUGUAAAAUUGUGAUACUUACAUUUUAGAUUUUGAAACACUCCCAAGUUAGAAAGAAAUGGUAGGAAUCAUCGGACGCCAUGGUGAUGGAUAAUGUUGAAUUUGCUUGUUUUUCUCCAUACUGAUAAGUAUGUUGUUAUCUCAUCUUUUCAUGAGAAUAUUUUAAAUGUCUUACUUCUAUUGCAUUGUACUGUAAUCUUGCGUGUUAUACCACUUGGAGGAUAGUUAAAGAAUAAAGUGUGAACCAGCUUACCCUCAUUGUUAAAUCCAUAUCAGUUAUAUCACAACUUAAAAAUGAACCAGCUGUAAAGGAAAUGUAUUUGUUAUAUUUAUACGAAAGAAACUCUUACAAAGAUUUUGUUGAAACUAAGUUGAAUAAAACUUUGUGAUAUUGCAUCACUUUUUUUGGG